AAAACACUUUCAUGAAUAACUUUAGUGCAUAUAUUCAGUGUUUUUUUCUCAUCAUCACUUGACACCAUGACAAACUUCUUUUCUUCUUCAAUUCCUUUAAUUAGUUUCUCUUUGUAGUUUGUUUUUCUUCACAUUCUCAUUCCUCUAGCUUGUUUUGCUCAUUUUUUCUUUAAUUUCACCCAUGAAGAAACUUAUCUUGAUCAAACUGGAUUUACAAGAUGUCAGGGAAAAGCGAAAGGCCUUGAAGACUGUCUCCGCCUUAUCAGGAAUCGAUGAGAUUUCGAUGGAUAUGAAAAGUAAAAAGUUAACCAUCAUUGGUACGGUUGAUCCAGUGAGCGUAGUGAGCAGAUUACGCAAGUUUUGGUCGACAGAAAUACUCAUAGUAGGAGCAGCCAAAGCACCCGAGCAAGAGAAGAAAGAAGAACCUAAGAAGGAAGAGAUCAAGAAAGAGGACCCACCUAAGGAAGAACCAAAGAAAGAAGAGUCACCCAAAGAAGAAGCAAAGAAAGAGGAAUCACCUAAGGAGGAAGCAAAGAAAGAGGAACCACCUAAGGAGGAAACCAAAAAAGAAGAGCCUAAAAAAGAAGAAGAAGAAGACGAUGAUGAGGACGACGACUACGAAGAAGAAGAAAAAGAAGGACCCAAAAAGGAAGAAAUGAAGAAAGCACAAUCACAACCACAACCACAACCACGUCAUCCUCAGCCACAACCACAACCACAACCUUAUCCACCAGCGGCUUAUAGGCCAUAUUAUCCUCCUCCUAUGCACACAUAUUACCAAGUUCACCACAGCAUAGAAGAGAAUCCUAAUGCUUGCACUAUCUGUUAGAUUGGCUUGGGGAGGUGAUUUGAAUCGCUAUUGAUGAUACAAUGUUGAUGAUCAUAACGGGUUAAUUAAUUAAGAGGGGGAAAAAGAAAGAAAAAAAAGUCACAUAUAUAUAUAAGUAAGUGAGUGUCGCAAUUCUAGUUUUUAGGAUCUCUCUUGAACAACGAUCGUCCAAUUUUUUUCUGUUGAUGCUAAGACUAAUGCUUUGACUGUCUCCUUUUUGUUGGCUUGGUGAUAUUCUAUUAGAAUGAACCUAUACUAGCAUUAUUGGAUAAGAGAGAAUGGAAGCUUUCGUGUAUAGAAGACAAUUAAUGAUGCCAUAUUCUAAUUUUCUGAAUCA